AUGCUGCGGCCAGGCUGGGGCGCCAGGAAUUUUAAUGCGCGGCCGCCAAGUGCACCCCCACCCCGCCUUAGACAAAGCCAGACGUUUUCAGCGAAAACAAGGUUUCGCGGACGCAGGAGGCAUGGCUCGGCGAGAGAGGGGUUGCGGAGCCAGAAACCCCAGGAACCCCACGCUGGGGCUUCUGCGGGGCCCAGACUGUGGGCCGCGCGCGGUGGGGCGCGCGUGCGCGCGCAGCGCUCCGGCUGGGUCCUACUCUGGCUCCUUCCCAAGCGGGCCCUCCCGGGAUUCAGCCCAGGCGGCUCCAGCAAUCCCAGCCCGUUGCCCCAGGGACCCCAGGCCCCUGGCAUCGCCAGGGCGCAGAGGCCCCGCGUGUCCCCGCAGAACCACCCGUGCAGGAGCCCUCAGGUCGUGGUGAAACUGGCUCACCGGAAGGGUUUAUUGGAAACCGAGAAAUUGUAUGAAAUAAAGACAUCAAGCGGAGAGCCGGGAUGCAGCCGCAUCCCAGGGGCGACUCGCCCAAAAGACGCCCCAAAGCUGCAGUCUUCACGCAGACGCACACCCGUCACCUUUGGGAAGUCCAGGCAGAUUCCUGAUCUGAUGAAGGGUACCCUCCUGCCGUGGGAAAUGGAGUGCUGGCGGUUGGUUUUCGCUCAAGGUAACAAAGUAAUUGCUGGCUAUCGGCUGCGGUCAUCAGCAGCCUGGUGCCUGCGCAGGGGCGGCUCUGAUGGCCCGCAGGCUAUGUGCUCUCCAGAGCAGGGGGACUGGACGCUAGGGACCCCCAGGCCCCGCAUUCCCCGCCCGGAGCUCCUAAGGACCCGGAGCGUCUGCACUGGCCCAAAAGAAGCCCUUAUCACCAGUAGCAGAAAGGUCACAAUUCCUGGAAACCGGAGACAAGGGCUGGGCCUGCCGCAGGGCAGCGAGCUCCAGGCGCAGCUGGACUCAACCCCGCGCAGCCUCUGA